AUUUCACAACUUGGGAUUCCGAGAGGUUGCCUAAACCCCAUUCCCAAGCAACGGAUAUAUUUGCCAUUUCCAGUAAAUUGGAAGCGACGACUGGUUUUUCCAUUAAGCUUUCUGAAACACUCACUAUAAAAAAAGCUUCCCCACAGCCAGCAAUGGUGGAAACUAGCACUCCAUAGCCAGUUUCCAAGCUUUUCUCUCUCUUCAUUUUUCCAUUUUAUUUGCAGAGAAUGAAGAACAAGCUUCUCUCUUCACUUCUCUUCUUCACUUUCCUUCUGGGUCUUACUAAUGCAGGUCAAGAAUCCAUUCAAGUUGUGAAGCUGGAUGAGAAGACUUCAGGGGUUUUUCCAGCACUGUCUGGUUCUGAACUCCCUGUUGCUGUUUCUGUAACUGAUGCUGAACUUGCAGAGGUCUCAAGCAGUGUUUUAAUGGCGGAAAGUUGGCUUAGAACCUUCGUUCUGGCUCACUACCCUUCCACUAAAAUCACCACCAUUGUUGUGGGAAACAGCUCUCUGUGCAGCAACAACUCCAAUUUGGUCUUACUUUCUCUCAAGAACUUGUUUCACUCUCUUACGAGAUGGGGUUUGGAGACUCAAAUCAAAGUCUCAACUCUCUUCUCAAUCGAUUGCUUCCACUCAGAUCCUCAAGAGGAGGAUUCCGCUGAGCACAUGCUGAAACUUGUGUUCGAUUUCAUCAAAGCUACAAACUCCACGUUGACCCUCAAACUACCUGAAAAUGCAAUUUCUCAAGAUGAAAUGGACAGCUUCAUCUCGUCCAAAUUGGAAAAAAUUGGGUUUCUAGAGCUCGAGAAAUUGAAUCUAAUAACAAGCGUCUCAAAUCAGAGAAACCCAAUUGGCAGGAAGCUCAAUUUCAUUGAAUUCGAUGACCCUCUCUUUACAGCAGAGCCGCCAUUGCCAUCGGACCUAGCCAGACCCCCAAAUCCACCGGAGUCCCAAAUCGCAUCUCCGCCACAGAUGGGGUUCGCCGCCGCCCCGGAGCUGCCGCCGUUCGUGGUCCCGGCGAGUCCGCCGAUGGGGUUCGCGCUGCCGCCGUGCAAUCCGGACCAAAAUGCUGGUGCGCCAUUUCCACAAACAGGUGGCAUGCAGAAGCAGUGGUGCGUGGCGAAGCCGAGCGUGCCGGUGGAGAUUCUGCAGCAGGCGAUGGACUACGCCUGCGGCGACGGCGGCGCCGACUGUAAGGAGAUAUCGGCGGACGGGAGCUGCUUCCAUCCUGAUACUCUGGUGGCGCACGCCUCUUAUGCGUUCAAUAACUACUGGCAGAAGAAUAAGAGAAGUGGAGGAACCUGUAGCUUUGGGGGCACCGCCAUGAUCAUCAGUUCGGACCCAAGUUUUCAUCACUGCCGCUUUGUUCUCAGCUGAAAUUGAACCCAUUUUUCUUCUGUUUUCUUCCCAUUUCUUUUGAAGUUGGGAAGGGAAGGUGUUUAGGUUUUUAGGGCUUCUUUUAUUUUCCCUCCUUGUGCUUGUGUCCUCUCUUUGUUUGUUUGAAUGAUAUUUUAUAGUUUGAAUGAACUUGAGAAAUUGGCCAUGUUGUUUCGGCUAAA